AUGUUUAAUGCGUGGCUAUUCGGCCUUACUGCCGUAGCCUUACGUAACGUGAUAGCUGUUGACGUGAUGAAACCAUUUGGAGAUCAUUUUGGGAUCACUGAUGGAACUGAACAAACGCAUCCUGGGACAUAUUUGGUGAUUGCUCCUAAAGUGGUAAGGCCAAGUUUGCCGUAUGCUGUUUCGGUGAAUGUACUAAAAAGUCCGGAAAGUGAUCAUAUUGUAAGAAUUGAAAUUCGAACUAUUCAAAAUGAUACAGUGGGAGCUCGUGUUGUUAAUAAUGUUAAAACAGGUGUACCACAGACAAUAACAAUCGAUGAAUUAUCACCUGAAAUUCUUUUACCUGGCUCAUACUACAAGGUGUAUGUGAGAUGCGAGACGUUAAGUUCGAAAAUUUUAUUUGAGGAUGAAGGCGAUGUCCGUUUUGAUGAGAAAUCACUUUCAGUAUUUAUACAAACCGAUAAAGCAAUCUAUAAGCCUGGAUCUAUUGUGCGAUAUCGUGUAGUAGUGGUAAAACCUGAUUUGAAACCAUAUUCGGAAACACUUUCGGUAAUGAUCAAAGAUCCAAAUCAAAAUAUUAUUAGUCAAAAAAAUGAUCAAACGUUGACAAAAGGAGUGUACUCAAAUGAGUUGGAAUUAUCAGUGGAACCACCACUUGGUGAUUGGCAAAUAAUGGUGAAAACAAAAAGUGGAAUUAAAUUUGAGAAAGAUUUUACGGUGGACAAAUAUGUAUUACCGAAAUUUGAAGUAAACGUGAAAACGCCAAGUUUUAUUACUGUAAACGAUGAUUUAAGCGUUCAUAUUGAGGCUAAGUAUACAUAUGGGAAAGGAGUAUCUGGUAAAGCAAAAGUAACUUUAGAAUUACCUUGGCAUCAUUUUACAGUACCAUUAGUUGUCUCAGAUGAUGGAACUAUUCAAAAGGAGGAGCACGAAAACAUUAUUGAAAGAACGAUAAAUUUGAAUAAUAUGGGAGAAGCAACGAUUGUUUUCACAAAUGAUGAAUUGAAGAAGCAUAAAUUGGUGACAGGAUAUGGUGGUAGCUCGGUGAAAAUUACCGCAACAGUUACCGAAGAUUUGACAGAUAUUAAACGAAAUGCUACCACACAGAUUGUUGCUUAUCGACAUGAUGUUAAACUUGAUAUGGAAAAACAAGGUGAAACAUUCAAACCUGGCCUUGGAUAUAAUAUUGUCAUUACAUUAAAGCAAAUGGAUGAUACACCAAUUAAGGCUACCAUACCUAAACGUGUACAGGUGACAACAUUCUAUAGCUAUUUGUUUGGAACCGAUUCAAUAACACAACAUGAAGAUAAAAAAGUGAAAAUUGUGGAUUUGGAUGCACAUGGAACUGCUGUGAUUACCUUGCAACCACCAAAUAAUUGCACCGAUGCGAGAGUUGAAGCUCAUUAUGAUCGUUCCGGAAAAGACGAAUUCGAGGGUGCAAGCAUUUAUUCAAUUCUUUAUAUUGAACCAAGCAUAAGUCCAUCAAAUAAUUUCUUGCAAUUGAUUGCCGAUCAUACCGGAGUUGUUGAUACGGGGAAAACAUUAUCAUUUACGGUGAAAGCUACUGAACCGUUAUCAACAAUCACUUAUCAGGUAAUAGCUCGUGGAUCAGUAAUUCUUGUCCAGAAUAUGUCAGUUAAUGGUGAUUUAGCAACGAUUACAUUUACUGCGACAUCACAAAUGGCACCAAAAGCAAUGUUAGUCGUAUAUACUGUCCGAGCAUCGAAUCAAGAAAUUUUGGUUGAUGCAACCGAUUUCCGAGUUGAUGGCUUAUUCAGGAACAAUGUUUCACUUACAGCUGAUCAUACUACUGCAGAACCGGGUACUUCAGUAAAAUAUACCAUAAAAGCAGAUCCGGAAUCAUAUUGCGCUUUACUUGCAGUUGAUCAAAGUGUUUUGCUUCUAAAAUCUGGCAAUGAUAUUACAAAAGAUUUGGUGGAACAAGAUGUUGAACAAUAUGAUACAACAAUUGCUGGCCAUGGCUUUCGAUCAUGGGAAGCAGAUUUAAGACGUCGAAAACGAUCCGUCUGGUAUCCGUGGUGGGGUAUUGGUGGUAAAGAUGCUGCAACAAUUUUUGAUAACUCAGGUCUUGUCAUUCUAACUGAUGCACUGCUAUUUCGUGGCCCUGAUGUUGCAAGAUUCGCUCAACCAAUAGUAGCAUAUCCAUUGGGCAGUAAUUUUCAACCUAAUCUAAUGUUAGAAAACGAUGUGAACCAAGCCGGUUCUAUGAAAGGUUCUGAAAUGACACGAAUAAGGAAGAAUUUUCCGGAAUCCUGGAUAUGGAGCGCUACUUUUGCCGCAGAAGAUACCGGAGAAGCUGUUUUCGAAGCGGUUGUACCGGAUACAAUAACAUCCUGGGUUGCAAGUGCUUUUGCUAUCAGUGAUGAGAGUGGUCUUGGAGUUGCUCCAUCUACUUCAAAACUUACAGUAUUUCGACCAUUUUUCAUUCGUAUCAAUUUGCCAUACUCAGUGAAACGUGGAGAAAAAUUUGCUUUGCAAGUGUUAAUUUUUAAUUAUAUGGACAGUGAGCAAGAUGUAACAGUAACACUGAAAGAUGAUGAUGAUAUUGGUUAUAAUUUUUUACAAAAAGAUGGUACUACUAAAAAAUCUAUCAGUAAAAAUGUAAAAGACAAGGAGUAUAAUGUAAGAUUAAUAUCGGUACCAAGUGGUGGUGUAUCUAAAGCAGUUUAUUUUCCCAUUGUACCAACUAAAAUUGGUGAUGUGAUUCUUUCUGUGACAGCACAAUCUGCUAUAGCUGGUGAUGCGGUGGAACAGGUGUUACGAGUUGAGCCGGAAGGAUAUCGAGUAGACAGGAAUACUCUUAUAAUGAUCGAUUUAACACAAACAAAUGAUAGUACUGAAAUUAAAAAACAAAUCGAUAUGCAAUUUCCAAGAGAUGCAGUAGAAGGAUCUCGAAAAGCACGAUUUGAUGUUAUCGGUGAUUUAUUGGGUUCAGCUCUUGCUAAUAUAGAUUCUCUCAUACGUAUGCCUUAUGGUUGUGGUGAACAAAAUAUGAUCAAUUUUGUGCCAAAUAUUGCUGUACUUCACUAUUUAAAAGUUACAAAACAGGCAGGGACGCAAAUUGAAAAUAAAGCUAAAAAGUAUAUGGAAUCUGGUUAUCAACGAGAGCUUACUUACCGAAGAGAUGACCAUUCGUUCUCGGCAUUUGGUCAAAGUGAUAAACAUGGCUCUACAUGGCUUACAGCAUUCGUUGUUCGAUCUUUUAAACAAGCCCAGCAGUUCAUCUUCAUCGAUGAGCAUAUCCUUCAAGAAUCUAUUGCAUUUCUGAAUGCUCAACAACAACAGGAAAAUGGUGCAUUUGCCGAACGUGGCGAAGUUCAUCAUAAAGCGAUGCAAGGUGGUGCAGCUGAAGGUGGUGUAUCACUGACGGCUUACGUCUAUAUAGCACUUCUCGAAAAUGGAGUUCGGGAUGAUAAAGCACAGUACUAUUUGGAGCAGCAUCUCGAGGAAAUCAAAGAUGACCCGUAUGCAUUAGCUAUUGUCACCUAUGUAUUUCAUUUAGCUAAUAGUUCUAGAAAAGAAGAAGCAUUGGAAAUGCUUGAAUCUCAUAAAAAAGAAAAUGCUGAUGGUGUUUACUGGUCUACGAAAAUUGGUCAGGAGAAGCCAAAAGAUACACAACAUUACUUCUACCAGCCAAGACCAGCAGAUGUUGAGAUGACAGCCUAUGUUUUACUUACUUACAUGAUAAGAGAUGAUACUGAUAAAGCUCUGCCUUUGGUGAGAUGGCUUACAUCACAACGAAAUGCAUACGGUGGCUUUAGUAGUACACAGGAUACAGUAAUGGCAUUGCAAGCUUUGGCCACUUAUGCAGCUAAAGUUUAUUCACCGCAACUUAACGUUAGCAUUAUGAUAAUGAAUGGCGCUGAUAAGCAGAAUUUCGAGGUGACAACUGAUAAUGCUAUGGUACUACAAAGUUAUCAGUUGACAAAUUUGGACGAAGGAUUAGAAUUGAAUGCUCGAGGUAAUGGCAUUGUUCUUGCACAACUACAAUAUUCAUAUCAUCGUACCACAAUGAGAGAUGAUCUACCGUUUUAUUGUACAAAGGAAGUUCGUGAAUUGCAUAGUGGCAAUCGAUUACAGCUCGACUUAUGUUGCAAUUACACCAAGCUAGAUUCACGUUCUAAUAUGGCAGUUGCUGAAGUAGAUGCCUUAUCAGGAUUUCGAUUUGACGGUGAUCAACUUGACAAUCUUAUGGAUAUUAGCGAUUUGCAAAGAGCUGAAUUGGACAAAGAGGAUACAAGGAUGAACUUAUACUUCAAUCCUAUUGGUUCAACACCGGUAUGUCUCUCAUUGUACAGUGAUAUGGUUUAUCAGAUAUCAGAACAAAAACCUGCACAAGUUGUCCUCUUUGACUAUUACGAUCCUGAACAACAGGUGAAGACAACCUAUACGGCUAAGCAGACGAGAUCGUUGCAGGAUGCUUGUCCGGAAUGUUGGCCAGCAGUUGAGGCCAACGAAAAGAGUGCAGGAUAA